CUGCGUUCGUCGAGCUCGGCUCCUUCGAUCACAAAUGGCUCUUCGGGCUUCCUUGCUUCCUUCGGCUCUCUCAGCGCACAAGGAGAGGGCAAACAUCUCCAUCGGCGUCGUCCGCGCCCAGACUGCCGCUACAGCGAGCCCAGCGGUGAAGCCAGUGAAGCAGCGCGCGGAAGCGAAAGACGCGCGAGAGGCCGGAGAAAGGGCGAAAUCGCGCGGAAUGAGGCAAGAGACAGAGGGACUACACCGUCCAUGCAUUUGGAACCAUCGCGUCCGCUCGGCCAGCGUCCGCGGUGAAAGGACACAGUUUGUGGCCAGGCUUGAAGCGUCGAGAAGGCUGCCGGGAUCGGACGUGUGGCUCGUGUGCAAUGCGGCCGCGAGUUUUAAUCAAGAACCGAGCCGCAGGCGCGCCGAGUUAUACCCCGCCGAUGGGUUCGAGAUGAGCGUCGGGGUGAACCAUCUCGGCCAUUUCUUGCUUGCUCGACUGCUUCUUGACGACUUGAAGGAGUCGGAUUAUCCGUCGAGACGGCUGAUCAUUGUUGGCUCAAUUACAGGCAACACAAACACACUGGCCGGAAAUGUCCCCCCGAAGGCAAACCUCGGGGACCUCCGAGGCCUCGCCGGACUGAACGGGACGGCCGGCUCGACGAUGAUCGACGGCGGGCAGUUCGACGGGGCAAAAGCCUACAAGGACAGCAAGGUCUGCAACAUGCUGAUGAUGCAGGAGUUCCACCGGCGAUACCACGAGGAGACCGGCAUUACCUUCGCCUCCCUUUACCCCGGCUGCAUCGCCACCACCGGGCUCUUCAGGGAGCACAUCCCGUUGUUCAGGCUGCUGUUCCCUCCCUUUCAGAAGUAUAUCACCAAGGGCUAUGUCUCUGAGGAGGACGCAGGCAAAAGGCUUGCCCAGGUGGUGAGCGAUCCGAGCUUGACGAAGUCUGGGGUGUACUGGAGCUGGAACAAGAACUCUGCGUCCUUCGAGAACCAGCUUUCGCAGGAGGCUAGCGACGUAGAGAAGGCUAGGAGAGUCUGGGAGAUCAGCGAGAAGUUGGUCGGGUUGGCCUAAUUGAUUCUU